AUGGCUAUAGACAUAUUCUGGGCCCUUUUGGCUAUACCCUACGGCUGUGUCCUCAAGAUGUGUACCGGCCCUAUGCCACCUGCUCCCAGCCAUCUCAGCCUCAUCCACCGCCUGGGGUUCUACCUGUGUCACCCCGUCUAUAAACAGACGCUCUUAGGAGUCUUUGUAUUCGUGAUGCUCGAGAGUGUUCUCAUCGCGAUCGAAUUUGGAUCACCCUGUAUAUACUGGCCACACCCGAGUCUGAGGCCUCUUCUGGACUUACUGACUUGUAUCGCGGCCAUCGCAGUUGUUUGUCUCUUUGCUACGGUAUAUGGCAGGCGCGGAUCCCCCGAGGCUGAGGCUCGCCAGGCUGAGGAGAUAAACGAUCUCUAUCUUACUUUCGUGCAGUACUAUUGGCACUAA